GGUGGUAUGCCGCGUUGGACGUGCUCGGGUUCGUCCCGAGCAGGGGUGGCAAGAUCGACACGAACUACUGACGCCGCGACGCGUCCUUAUCCUUGUUGGCGACUUCUGAAAUCAAGUUGAACUCAAUGCACGAGAGAGCUGUUGAAGAGAAAGUAUAAAGAGUCUGCACUCUGCACUCUUAGAACAAGCAUCUCAUCUACUCUUGCAGCAUGCGUUUCUCAGUCCUCGUCGCCCUGCUCGGAACUGCCCUUGCUGCACCGGCCGCUAUCCCCGAAGCCAGCAACGUCGAGCUUGCUCGUCGCUCCAACGGUGGGUACAUUGUGUCGCUCGCUGAUGGUACUGCACUCGACAGCAUCAUCAAGCUUGUCCCAGGGCUCUCUGAGUUGGUGUCUCACCGGUUCUCUCUCAUCAACGGUUUUGCCGUCCCUGCAGAGGCUGCUCCUCUCAUGGAACUCCUGCGGUUGUUGCCUGGCGUUGCCAAGAUUGAGGACGACUUGAUUAUGUCCACCAAGGUCACAGUCACACAGACGAACGCACCAUGGGGUCUGCAGCGAAUCUCGACCGCCACUCGCGUUGCUUCUACUUCUGGCACCUACAACGAGCCUCGUGGCGCUUGGAGGUACACCUACGACAAUGCUUACGCGGGAGCUGGUGUUGACGUGUACGUGAUUGACACUGGAUUGCGAUGCACUCACUCUGCAUUCGGCGGUCGUGCACUUUGCCCAUCUGACGGAAACUUCUACGACGGUGGUGUCAACGUUGACGACAAUGGCCACGGCACUCACUGUGGUGGCACCAUUGCUUCAAGCUUGUACGGUGUCUCGAAGAAUGCUUCAUUGAUUGGACUUAAGGUUCUCGGAGCAGAUGGCAGCGGUGCCACCAGUGGCAUUAUCUCUGCUAUUCAGUAUGCUGUCAACCGCAAGCAAAACACUGGUCGUCCCUCUGUCAUCUCCAUGUCUCUCGGUGGAGAUAUCGCUACAUCGCUUGACAGCGCCGUGAAGGCUGCCACAACGAACGGUGUUCACGUUGCCGUUGCCGCCGGCAAUGAGAACCAGGAUGCGCGCAAUGUGAGCCCUGCUCGUUCCUCCAUCAACUCGGCCGUCAUUACUGUUGGUGCCACGAACAUUACCGACACACGCGCCUACUUCUCCAACUACGGACCAGCAGUCACCAUCAACGCUCCUGGAUACCACAUUCUCUCGUGCUGGAUUCGUUCUGACACUGACACAAACGUGAUCAGUGGAACAUCGAUGGCUACGCCUCACGUUGCUGGUGCAUUGGCCUACUACCUCUCUCAGUCUGCUUACAGGGCAUACACCCCUGCUCAGCUCAAGAGUUUGGUGACCAGCAAGUCUCAGAAGGAUGUGAUUACCCUUGGCAACGUUGGCGGCACUACCACUACUGAUGACAUCCUCAGGCUUUGAAUAAGCUGAGCCAUACUUCUCAGCAUGAGCAUUUCAAUGCAUACGAAAACAAGAGUGGGCCUGUUCCAGGACACUCCGUGUAGCCUUCACCAGAUAGGCACCUUCUUAUCAAAUACUUUUUACUUCCACUUCGAUUGCAUUCUUGAAAUCUCUUGUGUUCAAACCUGACUUGUUCAUGCCGCUCGGUCGAGUGCCGAAGUUGUUGGACUCGCUGCGUGUAGAUUCGUCGGCAAGCCCUUCUGUGUUUGAGUU